CUCCACCUCCGCCGCCUUCUCCUUUUUCAGACUGCGGUGAAACUCCGGUGAAACUCCCGGGCGCUGACAAGGGAGAAGGUGGAAGUUCUCCUGGGUCGCUGCCGCUGCCAGAUCCAGUAGGGAGCCCUGCCGCGGAUAUGGGGCGCCUCUGCCAGGCUUGGCUGGGGGUCCUGCUCUUGGGAGGAACUCUGGCCGUCGCCUCUGCUACAGUGAGAAACAAAACUGGUGUUUCAGUAGGAGGAAGAAGCUUAGUUGGUCUUAAAACCAAUUCAACAAAUAAAGACACAUACAAUAUAGAUGACUCUGCAACCAAAAUCCUCACAGGAAAACUGACUACAAUUUUCCUCCCAAUGGUCUACAUUAUAGUCUUCAUCAUUGGCUUGCCAAGCAAUGCCUUGGCUCUGUGGGUUUUCUUCUUCAGAACAAAGAAGAAGCAUCCUGCGGUGAUCUAUAUGGCUAAUUUGGCUCUGGCAGAUCUCCUUUUCGUAAUCUGGUUCCCUCUGAAAAUUGCGUACCAUAUUAAUGGCAACAACUGGAUCUAUGGGGAAGUCCUGUGCAAAAUACUUGUUGGGUUCUUUUAUGGAAACAUGUACUGCUCCAUUCUUUUUAUGACAUGCCUCAGCGUGCAAAGGUAUUGGGUAAUUGCAAACCCCAUACUGCACUCAAGAAAGAAGUCAGAAAUUGCUAUAAAAGUUUCAGCUGCAAUAUGGAUCCUGCUGCUGCUUGGCACAAUGCCUCUAUAUCUUAUUAAUCAAACUGUUUAUAUUGCUAACCUUAACAUCACUACAUGUCACGAUGUCUUACCGCAGUCUGUGUUGGCCCAUGACAUGUUUAACUACUUCCUUUCCCUGGCUAUUGGAGUCUUCUUAUUCCCAGCUCUUCUCACAACUGGGGCUUACAUUCUCAUGAUAAAGACUCUUAAUGCUUCCAUUACAGAUGUAACGAUUGGGAAGAAAAGAAGAAGAGCCAUCAAGCUCAUCAUUACUGUACUUUCUACAUACUUGAUCUGUUUCUUGCCGAGCAAUAUUCUGCUGGUGGUGCAUUAUGCCCAGAUCAAAAACAGUAACAUAUAUGCAUUUUAUAUUACAGCCCUUUGCCUUUCUACUCUAAACAGCUGCAUCGAUCCAUUUAUCUACUACUUCAUUUCAAAAGACUUCAGGGAUAAUCUAAAAAAUGCUCUCCUAUGUCGAAGUGUGCGCACCACCAAGAGGAUGCAAAUCUCUCUCUCUUCAAACAGAUACCCAAGAAAAUCCCCCUCUUAUUCCUCUAGCUCAAACACAACUAAGUCAACUUAUUAAAUUUGUGUGUACGACACGCAGGUAUGUCUGGGUUUCCAUGGACAGAACAUGAAACCAAACUCUAGUGACAUUUAAACAAAGACCUCCUUUCCAUACAAAAUUAUAUGAACAAGCAUGUUCUUUACAAAGGGAAAAAUCAAAGUGGCACCCCUCAUAUGGACAAUAUUUGAGUUUGGAUUUGUUUUUACAAAUGAUUAGCAGGUGUGCAAAUAAGUUUUUCCAUGUUGAUGUUAAUCAAACAAGCAUCUUGCACUCAGGCGCAGGUGAUGAUCCUAACUAACAUGAACUAGUUUGAGAUUUUAGACAACUUCUGUUCUAUAAGAACAGGGGGAACUGUAGAAGAACAUACAUGAGUAAUUGUAUGUAUUUGCCAAACCUGUCUUUUCCUAAUCCAGGAUCUGUGAAAGCCCUGGAACACUGUAUUAUUGAUAUCCCAGUGACUGAUCUUUGCACUAAUAUACUUAAUACUUUUAUUUUAACUAUGCUGUGAAUAUGCAAUGUUUCCAAUAAUAUAGCAUGUAAAUUGUAGGUUUACUGCAAUAUUUUAAAUGUUUUUAAUUAAAUAAAGGAACACUU